AUGUGGGGGCGCAGGCCCGGCGCCGGCCAGCCCGAGUGCCUUGAGGCCCUGACGCUGGACCAAGACGCGGAGUCGCUGGAGGCGCUGCGGCAGUGCGACAGCGUGGAGGACCUGCCGGAGGCCAUCGUGUCUGCCAGCAUCGUCGACCUGCUGGCGCGGCAGUGCCUGCGAAGCGCCGUGCGCCUGUCUGUCACGUCCAAGCUGCUGCACUCCCUUUUCAUCUGCGUCGUGACGGCCGACAGCGAGCUCAGCGACCAGCUCCUGGCCCGGCAGGAGGGCUUUGACAGCGGUGGGGCCUCGCACGACCCCCGGGCCUCGAAAAUAUGGAAAGCUGCAGGCCGCGUCGCUUGGGCGAUAGCGAGGGCCUCGUUCUCCUGCGGCACCCUUUUCCUGUGUUGCUGCGGGGCGCUGGUCGCGCUGUGCAUUUACCUCAUCUUGCCAAUUAUUCGGGGCAUAGUGUCCAAAUCUGCGGGGAUGCCCCUGGCGCCCUGGGUGUUUCUAAGUCUGGUGAUGGCAUACGUGGUGAGCCUCGUUUGGGUGGAGACGGGGGUUGCGGUGGGUAGGUUGCUCAGGCCCAGGGACAGGGACCUCAUAUCCAUGGUCAGGUGGUUCCUCUUGCUGCCCUUCAUGGAGACGGUGGCGCUGUUUGUCAUGUCGGCCUUUUGCAACCAAGCGUUGAUGGCCCAGGGGGACCACAGCUUUCUGGCGGGUUUUGUCGCUCCCCAGUUGCUGAUGUCGCUGACCAUGUAUGCGCAAUUCUUCGCGUUUCUCACAUGGGCAAGGGGGGCAGCCAUUCAGGACAUGCACAUGAGCGCCAGGGUGCGCGUGCUGCAUCUGUGCCACAUAGCGUCGCUCAUGAGUCUGGGGGCGUACGUUUUCUUCUACUACAGGAGGCUGCUGGGACAUGGCACGAGGCAGAUAGAUUGGACGGUGGGCGGUUCGUGGCGGCUGGGGUGA